AAUCAACCGACGACUCUGGUUUUCGAGGUAAAAUAUCCGAACUUUUUGGUUGUUUCUCUUUCUAAUUCUGCUACCACUAUAACAUUAUAUCGGAAUUAAUUCUCCCACCGUCGAAUAUUCGUUCUCUCCCUAACAAUGAGAUAGAUAGAUAAGAGGGAGAAGCGAAGAAGUGUUUCCAAAGCAAAGGAGGAGAAAACGGGCACUUCUCCUAUUCCCUCCCCUUCUCUCUUUUUUGUCUCUUAACUCUGAAGUUUUGAGGGAAAGGAACCAAGGGAAAAGGAGAAGAAGGUAAUGGAGAUGGAAGGAGAGGUAAUAAGGGUACCCAAGUCGAGAUUUCCCCUCAGCUUUUGGGAGGUAGCUGGGGCGUCAAUGGUUGUAUUGGGAUUUGUGCUGGGGCUUCUUUGUGUCUACCUUACCAUGCCCUCUUCGGAUUACAGCUUUCUGAGGCUGCCCAGAAGCCUUGAAGAUCUGCAAGUUCUAAGAGAUCAUCUUGAGAUCUACACAAGUGACUAUACUGUACAAGUCCUGGUAGGAUAUUGUGUAGUCUACAUAUUCAUGCAAACUUUCAUGAUUCCUGGGACUGUUUUCAUGUCAUUGCUUGCUGGAGCCCUGUUUGGAGUCCUCAAAGGUGUAGCUUUAGUUGUGUUUGCUGCCACUGCCGGGGCUUCUUCUUGCUAUUUCCUGUCGAAAUUGAUUGGCCGCCCCCUUGUGUUCUCUCUUUGGCCAGACAAGCUGAGUUUCUUCCAGGCCCAGGUGGCUCAAAGAAGGAAGGGACUUUUGAACUACAUGCUUUUCCUUAGGCUUACUCCUACCUUGCCAAAUACAUUUAUCAACGUUGCUUCACCAAUUGUAGAUGUGCCUUACCAUAUUUUCUUUCUGGCAACAUUCAUUGGACUCAUCCCUGCUGCUUUCAUAACUGUCAGGGCUGGAAUAGCUCUUGGGGACCUACAAUCUGUAGGUGAUCUAUAUGACUUCAAUUCAAUUGCCACCCUGUUCCUUAUUGGGGUCGUCUCUGUCACUCCUACACUUAUGAGCAAGAACAAAUCAGAACACGUUUGAAGGAGUGAGGUUGUUUGCUGUAAAUGAGCGCUUUCAUCUCCUGGUAUUCGUAUAGGUGCACACUUUAUUUCUGUACAGAUGAGUGCCAAAUAAAUGCAAUGUGCAGCACAGCUGUUUCUCUUGUUAACUCACCCAGGCACUGCUCUCAUUCAAGAUGAUAUUAAGUUGUUAGUCUUCAGAUGAAUACCUUCUGGGGAAGAAAGACAAUGUGGGUUGGGAGGGGUGGUAAAUUAGUGUGCUUCCAUCAUAUUUAAAUGUGCAAAAACUGACAAGAGCUGUAUAUUAUUGUUAGAAAUUUCUAUUAAAAAGAUCUGCUUGUU